GCAACAGAAUUAAUUAAUUGGCAUAUACUUCAACUUUUGUUUAAAAUGAAUGGAAUACUGGAAAAUAGCUCAUUUACUUGUGUCCUUUAUGUUCUCCAAGCUUUCCUGGGACUAUGUGAUUUGCAAAUAGAACGAGAGAGGACCGUGUAUAAUAUUUCUGGUGGCUGCACAGCCCUUGUGGUGGUGUAUUUAUUGGGGAAGCUUUACGUGGCAAAUGCUGGUGAUAGCAGGGCUAUAAUAAUCCGAAACGGUGAGGUCAUUCCAAUGUCUUCAGAAUUCACUCCAGAGACGGAACGCCAGCGACUUCAGUAUCUGGCUUACAUGCAGCCCCACUUGCUGGGAAAUGAAUUCACACAUUUAGAGUUUCCACGGAGGGUGCAGCGCAAGGAAGUUGGAAAGAGGAUGCUCUACCGUGACUUCAACAUGACUGGCUGGGCAUACAAAACCAUUGAGGAAGAUGACUUGAAGUUUCCCCUUAUAUAUGGAGAAGGCAAGAAGGCUCGGGUUAUGGCAACAAUUGGAGUGACCAGAGGACUGGGAGACCAUGACCUGAAAGUGCAUGACUCCAAUAUAUACAUCAAACCUUUCCUGUCUUCAUCUCCUGAGGUGAGAGUCUAUGACCUCCUGCAGUACGAGCAUGGGCCGGAUGAUGUUCUGAUCCUAGCUACUGAUGGACUCUGGGAUGUGCUGUUAAAUGAAGAAGUGGCAGAAGCUGUCACUAACUUUCUACCAAACUGUGACCCUGAUGAUCCCCACAGGUACACGCUGGCGGCGCAGGACCUGGUGAUGCGAGCCAGGGGAGUCCUGAAGGAUCGGGGCUGGCGAAUAUCCAACGACAGGCUGGGCUCUGGAGACGACAUCUCUGUCUACGUCAUCCCUUUAAUACAUGGGAACAGACAGUCGUGA